AUGGGGACAGUUUCACCAACUUCUCGUCUACAGGUUGGUGUUGAUGAAGAGGUCCGCCAGCUGCUUGACCUCAAGGGCUUGGCCGCCCAGCGUGACCUGGGACUCCUCAAGAGUCAGGUCAAGGCCCUCAAAGGUCAGGUCAAGGCGGCUGAAGACGCUGUCAACACAGCGCCUGCUGGCAAGACCGCUGCUGUCAAAACGGCUGCCGCUGUCAACACGCCUGCCGUCAAUCAACGCCCAGGGACGUCAGACGGGGAGGUGUUGCAUCACCCAGCCAGCGAGGAGGAACGUCCCCAGGGCCCAGGCCAGCCAGACCUCACCCACCACCACCACCACCAGAUGCAGCUGGACAUCCCCUCUGAGGGGAUCCAUGAAUCACUCUUCGAAGAAGCACGUAGAUCUUCACUUCGCGGCGACCAGAAAAACCCCCACGUGCGGUACACUCCACUGGACCUGGCCCUAUACGUGUAUAAGACAGGAGACGAAGAGGGAGUCACACUCGCCAUUCAGGAGCUGAUUGCCGAAGGCUUGAUGACGGCUGACGAGGCCCUGAGCUAUCUUCACGAUAUCAGAGAACACCUAACCUAUCUGACCCAACAGGAGGGCCAAGAUGACAAGGAUCCUCAGAGCGAAUUCAAGGUUCUCGCCAAGAAGAAUGGACCGCCACUCUCCCUGACUGAGAUGAACGUGGGAGAUGCUGAGGGGAUGCUGAAUCCUGAGAUGGACUACGAGGGCAUCCUGGAGAAGCUGAGAGGAGAUGACUACAUCUACACUGAGUACUCACUCGAGGAGGUCAUCUACCAGCUCGCUAAGAUCCUCUUCAAACAGGCAAUGCAUAGAGAGGGAGACAUGGGGUCGGAGAAGGCCCUGCAGGAGGUGGCGGCGCUGCUAGAGAAGGAGGCGGCCAGAGGAGCCAUCACACCCGAAGUAGAGAAGAAGGUUCUCGACGUUAUGGUGUAUUCAUUGGUGGACAGCCUCAGCGAAAAGGAACUUCAAACGGCUCCCGGUUCUUUGAUUGGUGGAUCCAACUUCAAGCUACCCAAUAAUAGCCCAUUUCCCUUAGGAAGCUCGCCCAUGAUUGGCAGAUCAAGUUUCAAACCCACAAGUGAGUUGUUUCAACUCUCAAAGGCAACGACGAAGAGAGAAGCUCCUGAGGAAGAGAAGAAGGAGGAGAAGAAAGACUAGAUAAAUUGGGAAUAAGACGGAAGGAGGAGGAGAAGAGAUUGAUGGAGUAUAAGUAGCGAUACACGAGAAGGAGAGCCGGGCUGGUCUCCUUUAUACUCCUCCCUCCCUCCAUCCAUCCCUCCCUCCUUCCAUAGAUAACUUGAUAUCCUAGACCUGUAUUACGGUACAGGAAUGAUCAAAUCUGUUUAUGUUGUGAUAGAGGACUCGACAUCCCCCAUGUUGUUUGUGGGUCACAGCUCUACAUAUCCUUCAUGUGUCACAACUUUACAUAAUCUUCCUGUGUCACAACUCUACAUAAUCUUCCUGUGUCACAGCUCCACAUAUCCUUCCUGUGUCACAACUCUACAUAAUCUUCCAUGUAUCACAACUCUACAUAUUCUUCCUGUGUCACAACUCUACAUAUCCUCCUUGUGUCCUAUUAUCAAUUACUCCUAUCUCCUUUGGAUCAUUAAAGCCUAUGUAAUUACUGUAUCACCAUUAUGUGUCCUGCAAGUAUUACUAAAACUGUGCUGUGUUCAUGCCACCAGCUCCUGUGUCAUGUAUUACGGUUAACUCUCUGGCUCUCAUUAUUGUCCUUGUAUCAUGUGUCUUCUACACUUGUUUAAGAACUUCUCACUGUGUUAUAUAUAUAUAUAUAUAUAUA